UUCCUGUCUGAGAAGGCAAGGGGGAGCUGUUUGGUUGCUUUGACUCCCGGAGUAUAUUGUGUAUCUCUUCCCAUCUCCUCCUCGGCCGAGCUUUGUCUCCCUCGCCCGACACUGCCAGCUGAAGAAGCUCCCCUUGGGCGGCUAGCCUCUUGCGCCCAGGGCGCAGCAGGAGGAGGAGGAGGAGCGGGGGAAAAGGCGAGGGAGCGAGCGAUUGCGUCCGGGUGCGUUUUUAUUGUUCGCGUGCUGCUUUGGGUGGGUGGGUGCGAGUCAUUCUGCGCGCGCGCAAGGAAGCGGGGCGCCUCUGCCUGCCGUUCUCCCACCGCCGGCUUCGGGUUCUGCUAUGUUGGAUGUAGCCGCUUCCAGGGAGCGAGCGAGAGAGAUGCAACCUGGGAAGAGCCGUUCCUGCUUCACUAUGGUGUAAACGCGCCUCAGAGCGACUCUCGUGCCUGCCGGAGGAGCUGGAAGGGGACACACACGUACACAAAUAUUAAUAAUAAACUCCUCUCGACCUCAGUCUUUCCCCCCCUCCUCACCGGGAAGCGAAGCAGCCUGAAGCUCCUCUUCCCCUCCCCCCCUCCAUCCUUCCAAUGAAGAAGAGUUUUCCCCUGGAGUGAAGAAAGCAAGAGGAGAAAGGAGGACGUUUUAAGGGGAGAGGGUGUUUUCUUUUUUUUUCUUUUGGAAAACAACUUUACAUUUUCAAGCUGGAGUGGCAGCGCUGGACCUUUGCUUUUUCUUUCUUUCCAGAGAAAACAAAAUAUUAAAUACAAGAGGAGGGGAAAAAUGGCGAACGACUCUCCUGCAAAAAGUCUGGGAGACAUAGACCUGUCCUCUUUGCGGGAUCCUGCUGGGAUUUUUGAGCUGGUGGAAGUAGUAGGCAAUGGCACAUAUGGGCAAGUUUACAAGGGUCGGCAUGUCAAGACUGGUCAACUGGCAGCCAUCAAAGUCAUGGAUGUUACGGAGGAUGAAGAAGAAGAAAUCAAACUGGAGAUAAAUAUGUUGAAGAAAUACUCCCAUCAUAGAAAUAUUGCAACUUACUAUGGUGCUUUCAUUAAGAAAAGUCCCCCAGGACAUGAUGAUCAACUGUGGCUUGUUAUGGAGUUUUGUGGUGCAGGCUCUAUUACAGAUCUUGUGAAAAACACAAAAGGAAGUACUCUGAAGGAAGACUGGAUAGCAUACAUCUCUAGAGAAAUUCUCAGGGGAUUGGCACAUCUCCAUGCUCAUCAUGUGAUUCAUCGGGAUAUUAAAGGACAGAAUGUAUUGUUAACAGAAAAUGCAGAGGUGAAGUUGGUGGAUUUUGGUGUGAGUGCUCAACUGGACAGGACAGUUGGUAGAAGAAACACAUUUAUUGGAACGCCUUACUGGAUGGCUCCAGAAGUUAUUGCCUGUGAUGAAAACCCAGAUGCUACAUAUGAUUACAGAAGUGACCUUUGGUCAUGUGGCAUUACAGCCAUAGAGAUGGCAGAAGGAGCUCCCCCCCUCUGUGACAUGCAUCCAAUGAGAGCCCUGUUUCUUAUUCCAAGAAACCCUCCUCCACGGCUAAAAUCAAAGAAAUGGUCAAAAAAGUUCUUUAGUUUUAUAGAGGGCUGUUUAGUGAAAAAUUAUAUGCAACGACCUUCUACAGAGCAGCUUUUAAAACAUCCAUUUAUACGUGAUCAGCCAAAUGAAAGGCAAGUCCGAAUCCAGCUUAAAGAUCAUAUAGACAGAACAAGGAAGAAGAGAGGAGAGAAAGAUGAAACAGAAUAUGAGUAUAGUGGAAGUGAAGAGGAAGAGGAGGAAGUGCCUGAACAAGAAGGAGAGCCAAGCUCUAUUGUUAAUGUGCCUGGAGAAUCUACUCUGAGACGUGAUUUCCUGAGAUUGCAGCAGGAAAACAAGGAGCGUUCUGAGGCUCUUCGGAGACAACAGCUGCUACAAGAACAGCAGCUCCGAGAGCAAGAAGAGUACAAGAGGCAGCUGCUGGCAGAGAGACAAAAGCGCAUUGAGCAACAAAAAGAGCAAAGGAGGCGAUUAGAAGAGCAACAAAGAAGAGAACGAGAAGCUCGAAGGCAGCAAGAGCGGGAACAGCGGAGAAGAGAACAAGAGGAGAAGAAGCGAUUAGAGGAAAUGGAAAAAAGACGUAAGGAAGAAGAAGAAAGGAGGAGAGCUGAGGAAGAAAAGAGAAGAGUAGAGAGAGAACAGGAGUAUAUCAGGCGACAGCUAGAAGAGGAGCAGCGGCACUUGGAAAUUCUUCAGCAGCAGCUGCUCCAGGAGCAGGCCAUGUUACUGGAAUACAGAUGGCGAGAGAUGGAAGAACAUCGGCAAGCAGAGCGUCUCCAACGUCAGUUGCAACAGGAGCAGGCAUAUCUUUUGUCUCUUCAGCAUGACCACAGACGGCAGCAGCAGCAGCAGCAGCAGCAAGAAAGGAAUAAACCAAACUACCAUACCCCUGAGCCUAAAUCCCAUUAUGAAGCUACUGAAAGACCACGAGAGGUUGAUGAUCGAUAUAGAAAGAAUAAUCAGGGCUCCCCUGAAGCACAGUCUAAACAGACAAGCAAAGCAUUGGAGCCACCAGUGCCUUCAAGAUCAGAGUCUUUUUCAAAUGGAAAUUCUGAGCCUGUCCAGCCUUCUCUGCAAAAGCCAAUGGAACCACAGGUACAGUGGUCCCAUCUGGCAUCUCUCAAGAACAAUGUUUCCCCUGUCUCGCGGUCCCAUUCCUUCAGUGACCCUUCUCCCAAAUUUGCACAUCACCAUCUUCGCUCUCAGGACCCAUAUCCACCUUCACGCAGUGAAGUGCUAAGUCAGAGUUCUGACUCUAAGUCUGAGGUACCUGACCCCACCCAAAAGGCUUGGGCUAGAUCAGACAGUGACGAGGUGCCUCCAAGGGUACCUGUGAGAACAACGUCAAGAUCACCUGUGUUAUCUCGCCGAGAUUCUCCACUGCAGGGCAGUGGGCAGCAGAAUAACCAAGCAGGUCAAAGAAACUCUACAAGCAAUAUAGAGCCUCGUCUGCUCUGGGAGAGAGUAGAGAAGCUGGUCCCAAGACCAGGAAGUGGCAGCUCCUCUGGUUCUAGCAAUUCAGGCUCACAGCCUGGGUCACAUCCUGGGUCUCAGAGUGGAUCUGGAGAAAGAUUCCGGAUGAGAUCAUCAUCAAAAUCUGAAGGGUCACCAUCACAACGUAGUGAAAAUGCAACUAAAAAGUCCGAAGAGAAGAAGGAAGCCUUCAGACCUAGCAAACCUGUGGGCGAAGUGGAUUUAACUGCUUUGGCAAAGGAAUUACGGGCAGUGGAAGAUGUGCGACCACCCCAUAAAGUGACAGAUUAUUCUUCAUCCAGUGAGGAAUCAGGGACAACAGAUGAAGAUGAUGAUGACAUAGAGCAAGAAGGAGUUGAUGAAUCUACUUCUGGGCCAGAAGAUGCCAGAGCAGUAUCCACUCUAAACCUCAGCAAUGGAGAAACUGAAUCAGUGAAGACCAUGAUUGUGCAUGAUGAUGUGGAGAGUGAACCUGCCAUGACUCCUUCCAAGGAGGGCACUUUAAUCGUCCGGCAGAGUACAGUUGACACAAAGCGUGCCAGCCAUCAUGAGAGCAAUGGCUUUGCCGGUCGCAUUCACCUCUUGCCAGAUCUCUUACAGCAAAGCCAUUCCUCCUCCACUUCCUCCACCUCCUCCUCCCCAUCCUCCAGCCAGCCGACACCCACCAUGUCCCCACAGACACCCCAGGACAAGCUAACUACUAAUGAGACUCAGUCCGCUAGUAACACACUGCAGAAACACAAAUCUUCCUCCUCCUUUACACCUUUUAUAGACCCCAGAUUACUACAGAUUUCUCCAUCUAGUGGAACAACUGUGACUUCUGUUGUAGGAUUCUCUAGUGAAGCAAUGAGAGCAGAGGCAAUAAGGCAAGAUCCAACCAGAAAAGGAUCUGUUGUUAAUGUGAACCCUACUAAUACACGACCACAGAGUGACACCCCAGAGAUUCGCAAAUAUAAAAAGAGAUUCAAUUCUGAGAUCCUAUGUGCUGCCUUAUGGGGGGUGAAUUUGUUAGUGGGAACAGAGAGUGGCCUAAUGCUGCUGGACAGAAGUGGCCAAGGGAAGGUGUAUCCAUUAAUAAAUCGAAGACGGUUCCAGCAAAUGGAUGUACUUGAAGGUCUGAAUGUCUUGGUGACAAUAUCAGGCAAGAAAAACAAAUUGAGAGUUUAUUACUUGUCCUGGUUAAGAAACAAAAUCCUUCACAAUGACCCUGAAGUAGAAAAGAAACAAGGUUGGACAACUGUGGGUGAUUUGGAAGGCUGUGUGCACUAUAAAGUUGUAAAAUACGAAAGAAUCAAGUUCUUGGUAAUUGCUUUGAAGUGUUCUGUGGAAGUCUAUGCUUGGGCACCAAAGCCAUACCAUAAAUUCAUGGCAUUUAAGUCAUUUGGAGACUUGGGACAUAAGCCAUUAUUAGUGGAUCUUACUGUAGAAGAAGGCCAGAGACUGAAGGUGAUCUAUGGCUCCUGUGCUGGAUUCCAUGCAGUGGAUGUAGACUCAGGAUCCGUGUAUGAUAUUUACCUCCCAACACAUAUCCAGAGUAGUAUCCAACCCCAUGCAAUCAUUAUUCUGCCAAACACUGAUGGAAUGGAGCUGCUAGUUUGUUAUGAAGAUGAAGGAGUAUAUGUUAAUACAUAUGGAAGGAUCACCAAAGAUGUGGUUCUGCAAUGGGGAGAGAUGCCUACAUCAGUGGCAUAUAUUCGAUCAAAUCAGAUUAUGGGCUGGGGAGAAAAAGCUAUUGAGAUACGUUCAGUGGAAACAGGACAUCUUGAUGGUGUAUUUAUGCACAAAAGGGCACAAAGACUCAAGUUUCUGUGUGAACGUAAUGACAAGGUUUUCUUUGCCUCUGUACGGUCUGGGGGAAGCAGUCAAGUUUAUUUCAUGACCUUAGGGAGGACUUCUCUUCUGAGCUGGUAGAAGUUAAUGUAUUUUUGGCAAGGGAUUGCUGACAUCCGGAGUCUUCAUAACUUGGAAUCAUUUGCAACUGGAGUUCAGACCUGCCAUGAUGCAGUGCCACAUGCAAAUGCAUGUUCAAGCAUCACUGGUGUUGGGUUCUUUUGUUUUAAAACUGAGGCCGUAAUAUACGGCUGGUGCUGUAAAGAUAUUGCCAUCAGGUGCUAUCAGAUUUGGGAUCCCACUAGAGAAAGAAUCAGGUCUCCUCCCCCCUCCCUCCUUCCCCAGCUGCAGAAUUCCUAAGGAAAAAUGGAAGAGACUGAUAAAAACAUGUUUUUGAAAGGAGGGUAGGCAUGAGAAGGUGGCUGGAAGUGAUGUAGGCAGAAGCUGGUGUUGCUGACACAGAGGGCAGAUUUAAUAUAGUAAUAUUAACAAUGUAUUUAAUUGACAUUUCUCUCUUUUCUUUUGUAAUGUGACAAAUAUGUGGACAAAGGAAGGUGCAGGUUUAAAAAUAUUUAUAAAAUGUGAAAAGGCACAGUGGUUUUAGGGGAGGUAGGGUGAUUUCCCCCCCUCUCUUUAUGUUGGCCAGGCCAAGAGUUUAGUCAUUUUUUUCUGCAUACCAAGUUUUGCCUAAAUACCACAUGAGGAUAGGUUUUUAAAAAAAUAAAUAAAUAUAAUUGCUCAUUUUUCUAUACUGACUUUUCAUUUGGCCAGAACUUGGUGAUGUCAGUGUUAGCGCUGGUCUCAGUUAAAGGUUUAAUUUUUGUUUAAACCUAAAAUAACAUAUGUGACAACUUUCACUACCAGUCUGCUUAUGCAGCAUUUCGGGAAGAAAAGUACAGACAUGGGUUUUUAUUUUUAAUUUUUUUGUGUGCCUACCUCAUUGUUUCUAAUGCAUAUAAUUAAAGAGGUGGUUUAGAAUUAUAGUUUGUUUCUUUUCUUUAAAAAAAACAACAGGUAAACAAAGUACUAAUGUGCAGUUGAUCAUUGUACCAAAACUAACAUAUGGAAGAUCUGACUGUUAAUUUUCUCUCAGGUUUCAGCGGGAGAUACCAACAGUCAUUUGAGAUGGUUGAAACAAAUAUUUGUGGCAGUGAGUGAAUACUUCAGUAGUCCACUUUUUCACUUUUAAAAUCAGUUUCAUCAUGGAUAGAAAUGUGAGGAAUUUAGCCUAAAAUUUCAGGUUUUACUUUUAACAUUCGGGACUUUAGUAACACCAAGUAACAAUAACUAGUCUAGUUCUAUAACUGGUUAAAUGUUGUAGGAAACUUUUUGAGGAGGUGAUGUUUUCCUUUUUAUAAGAAUGCAAUGCACUAAAACUAUUUUAAGAAUGUAGUGAAUACCGCUUACUCCUUUAAAAAGACAACAGCAUAGACUUUUGUUUCAAUGUAAACUAUGAACUCUUGGCACUCUUUCCCCCCCUCUUUCUGCCCUGCCUUUUUAAAGGAAAAAAAAAAUCAGUUUUGUUUUAUGAGUAACUUUUUGGCCUUUGUAAUAAAUGUCUCAAGACUAAUAAUUUGUUUAAAAGACUACAUGUGUUCAUUACUGGAGAAAUCUUGAGUGUGUAAUUUAUCUGUCAGUGAUGUAAUGAUGCAGUGUCAUGAUUCCAAUCAUUCUGUUUUUUAAAAAGUUUUUUUUUAACUCUCUUUGGAUAGGGUACUUUAGUUGACAACUGCCUUAAGCUCACUGAUCAGUCAGUGAACUGGAUUCCAGUGUUUUCAUGGGCUUUGUCUUCUGCUGUAGUUACCUUUUUCAUGGCACGACAGGGAUUUCUGUAUAAUUCUUCAGUCAAGAUGCUUUGAUAGUUCCAGUGAGAGUCUUAUGAUUUUGCAUUGAACAGCACCAGUUGAGUGAGCCUGCUGCUCAACAGGUCUGUCUUUUGGCAUCAGUCAGACCACUGCUGUUCCUGACCAACACAUUUGUAUUUCCUGUAAACGGCUUUCUUUGGGAGAGCAGGAACAGUUUGCUUUUUAAGGAAACUAGUAUAAAACACAUGCAUAAAAAUGCCUUAUAAUUAUUGGCAGAAAACUUUUUGAAGUCUAUCUUUCUCUCUCUCUCUUUUUAAACUCUUUGAUUUUUGGAUAGCACUGAAGGUCAGGGCCAAGAGGGUUAGGAAUUGGGGAAUGAUCUUUUUGUACCUGUUAGCAAGCAGCCAAAACUCUGCUUUGAUGAGCAGUAAAUGAAUGGGACUCAGAAGACUAAUUUAGGCACACAAAUAAAAGUGUCUUAAAUUGGCACCAUAACAUAGUUUACUGAAGCAGAUUGCCAGAUGCCCAUGGCAAACAUUACAAUGGCAUGGUGUGGUUAAAACUGAUUUAAUCUUCAUCAUUGUCUCUCAUGCCACCUUGUUAUAUAUAUUUUUAAAAGACUACUGUUCAUAAAUGUAUGAAUAUUCUCAAAGGGAGAAAUUUCCUAGUUCAAUAUGCUGGUGAAGUUUUGUACAACAAAAGGGGACAGGAAGACGAUUCCUUCAGUGGGGUUGUUGCCUUGCAACCCCAAGUCCUACAUAAGUGCCAAGGUGGCUAAUUUUACAAGUAAAAUCAGUAUUAUGAAACCACUACAUAUAUAAAAAUGUUGAAACCCAAUUUUACAAGCAUUGCUUUUGGUAAGCAUAAAAAAUACUCCUAGUUUUAGUUUUAAGCUUUAAGUAAUAAUUUUCUGUAUUCUAAGUCAAGGUAAUUCUAACUGUAUGCAGUGACUUUAUUUUUAUCGUAUGCACAUGUUAUGUUGAAGAAAAUGUUUACAAAAAUUGUUUUGUUAUACUAAUGUGCAUCACAUAUUUAUGAUUUAUUUCAAAGUGAUUUUGUGGGGUUAGGUUUUCAUAGUAGUAGCAGUACACAUUUUUGUGACUUUUUUUAUAACCCCAAACUCUGCCAACUAUAAAGAUGCUUAAACAAUAAUGCAAAUGACAAAAUUACAGUAAAAUUACUAAUUGUAGAGCUGCAAAGCAGACUGGUGGCAACAAAACACUUAGCCUUUUUUGCAGAGCUGUCUAAUUUGUCUUUUGUGUAUUAUAAAAUUACUGUUUCCUCCACCCCAAUUUUUCCUUAAAUAAAGUAAAAAUGACACCUA